CAUCCGAUGGGUGCUAGAAUGCGUCUGUGAGGAUUUGUUGUCACGAUAGUCGCAGACAGUGGAAUUAAUGGGAAAUAUUUGUUAGUUGGUGGCCACAUUUUCGGGACGCACAGAAGCAGUUGCAGUUGAGGGAAGGUUGAUUUGAGAGUCACAUUACCGUAGGACUUGCUGUUCUAACCUGUGUUGACGACUGCAUUGUCUGGAUGUUACGACUGUGUAUCCUGACCUGUCGUUCCCUGAAACAGCCGUAAUAAAGCUCAGCUUAAAGAGAUGCAUCUUACUGUAUUGUGUGGAUGCUGGUGAAGAACUUGGCACAAGUUGUUAAGAAGAGAUGUUAAUCUUAAUUAGGUGAUGAAAAAAACAAGACAUAAGCCAUGGCAUAUGCAGAUCAGCCCAAAGACCAAAGUCCAACAUCAUACAUGGAUAGGAUGAGGAAGUUACUAAGCCCAGGCACAAAGAGGAAGCUUGUCCACAAUGGUCACAAGACAUUUGGGGUUCCCCUAGAGGAAUUAGUAAGGAGGGCUCCAUCCAGUGAAAAAGUACCACGCAUUGUGUCACAACUCUGUGACUACAUUCAGAACAAUGGGAUUGAACAGGAAGGUAUUUUCCGGGUUAGUGGCAGUGCCCGUGUUGUGGAGAAACUAAAGAGCUCAUUUGACCAGACAGGGGAGGCAAAUCUGUCAGAAGAUGAUGACAUCAUGGCAGUGGCAGGCCUCCUGAAGCUCUUUCUCAGAGAGCUCCCUGAGUCUGUGGUGCCAGAGCACAUGACGAAACACAUUAUAGCCAUUGAGCAGGGUUUUGAUUCUAGAAACAGCUUGUACUUUGACAAGAUAACAGAAUGCCUGAACAAACUGCCAGAGGAGAACUACAACCUGUUAAAAUAUCUGAUGAGAUUUCUGGCCAUUGUUACACAGUUUGAACCCACCAAUAAAAUGUCACCUGUGGCAUUAGCCAUUGUAUUUGGUCCCAAUAUAUUCAGGUGUGGAUUUGGCAUAGAGGGAUUGAAAGACCAGGGUGUUACAAACAAGAUUGUGUGUACAUUCAUUACUGAGUAUGACAGGCUGUUUAAGGACUCAAAUGAGGUGUCGCCAUUAGCUACAAAACUUAUUAAGGUACAAGGGAGUAAAAUUCAAAGAACACCCCCUCCUCGUCCUCCGCCACCAAAGAUUCAUGCAGGGGACACAACUGCAGCUCCUGUGGCUCCUCCACGAAAAUCCAAGUUAAAGUAUGACAGCAGUCAGUAUCAGGACAAUGGUGAUUCCAGUGACGAGUCUCACAGUGGGAUGGGCACCCCCAGGAGUAGGAGCAGUAACACCACCCUAGUCAGCCCACGGCAAAGUGAUGAUGAAUCAGGCCGAGUGUCACCAUUUGUCUUAGACAGUGAGAAUGGACACAGCAUUAUGGAGUCACCAGUUAUGCCAGCAGUGGCAUCAGAAAUUGUGGAGCAGACAAUCACUCAGGCCAUAUCACAGUACAUGUUUGGCCAUGAUGGAGAUGCCAGUACAACUGUCUCUAGCAUAGAGGAAAUGACCAGAGACUCGUUGGAAAAUGAAACUCCAACCCCUAGUCCUAGAGCACACAAGCCAAACGUGAUGAACAGUGAAAUGCAGAAGGAUAAAAGCUCAGACGAUGAAGAUCUCCCGUUGCCAGUCAAGGACAGAGUCCAUAAGUUUCAACAGCAUGGAGACCAGGCUUUGCCAGAAACCUCCCUCAGUAAUGCAACCACCCAACCAAACAGACCAAAGAGACAGCGACCAACCUCGGACGCAUUUGAAUAUUUUGAAAACCAGGGAAUACUGAUUGGCAGCAAGGGUGCCGGCCACUCUGAGUCCAAAGACAGCAGCAAGGAUUACAUAGUAACAAAUCUGUCUGAUGGGGUAUCCACCAACUCUAGCCUUCAUCUGCUGUUCUCCAAUCCCUCCAGUUCUUCCCUUCCUAAUAAGAGUUUUCCCUCAGAGGAUGUGAGAAACAUCAAGUCUGAUGUGCUGCCGGAGAAAUUGGAACAGGAUGAAACUGACCAUUUUCCACACACCUUAGAAUCGUUUAAGCGAAUUCCAGGUCCAAAAAACCGUCGCUCACCUUCUCGCAAAGUGCGUAAAAGUUUAAACCUAGAUGAAUUAGAUGCGGAUAUCAAUGACCUGUUGGGAGACACUGCAGAGACAAUGGAACAAGAAAAGAUAGGUCGAAAUCAUCAUCAACAUCACAACAGUAGUCAUCCACAUCAUCACGAUCCUCAUCAUCAUCACAACGGACACUCAGAUCAUCAGCAUCACAGACACAGGCUUGAGCCAGGUCAGUCCCAGCGCCAGGAGCGAAACGGUAGUCACAACAACAACAACAGCAGGUCCCCCUCCAUAUCUCCGGACAGCAUGAAGAAACCCACAGUGCCUCCCCUCGACUUCACAAAGCUUCAUGAACAGGUUGAUGGCAAAGAUCCCGUCCCAGCAGAGAAAGGUCGGGCAGAUGGAUACCCGCAGACGACAGUGAUUCCAUUAGACGACAGUUCCGACGAGGAAGUCCAAUCGUCUGGGGAUCGCUUUGCUAUGACUGGUGUUGUGCUCUCUCCGAGGACUGGCAUCAAGUUCAAGAAAAAGAGAGACCCUGAUAGCCAGCAGGAGGCUCCACUGUCCCCCAGUGCUUUCAAAACCAGCCUCACAUUCAGUAUACCCUGGAACCCAGAUAUCCCCCCUUCCCCACCUGUGGAGCAAGGCCACUACCUGAAACACAGUGGUGGUCCUGCAGAAGAAGAUGUAGCAGCAGCAACUAAGCAGAUACAUCGCAGGAUACAGUUCUUGAAGAAAAAAGUGAAGCAGUUUGAAGAUUCCUUUCAGAAAGAAAAUGGAUGCAAGCCUUCUCAUGCUGAUAAAGCAGCUAAUGCUGAAGUCAAGAAAACCCUUGUGGAAAUAGCUAAAGCUAAGAAAGAGAUCAAAAAGUUAAAAGAGGAUGUGGGUAACAGAAGUCGUCACAGCAGUGGAAAGUCAGACGAGGGAAGUCAGGAUUCUGGUGGCUCCACCAGCUCCAUGGAGAAAACACUAGAGGCUCUCCUCAAGAGACUCAAGGAGAAGCGCAUGGAUGCUAGUCGGCCAGAAGAUGUCACUCUGAUGAGCAGGGAUCAGAUCCAGGAAGAGAAACUAGCUGUACAGAAGGCUUUACUUAAUUUUGAAAGUCUCCACGGUCGACCAGCUUCAAGACAAGAAAAGGACCUGAUGCGCCCUCUGUAUGACAGGUACAGAACCAUUAAGAGGAUGCUGACAAAACCUAUGUCUCCCCGAGAAGCUGAACUGCAGACUGUGCCUGAGGACUUGCCGUUUGAACUCCAGCCCAGCACAGGACAUACAGGACCCAAAUGGGAUGUCCGUAUUCCAACUGGUGAUGACGAGGAUGAGGACACUGGUGAGGAGUAUGGAACCUCAGAAUUCAUGGUUACCAGAGAUAUGGGCUUACUACGGGAUACCAUCAGGCCAAUAACAAUAGAGCGGCGAGAUUCACCUAAAGUCAAAAGGAAAGUUCUGGAGGAGACGUCUGACAGUGGGGAAAAUAUAAUGGGAGAGUCAAAUCUUCAUGAGCUGUCCACUGUUGAACUACAGAAUGAAUUACAGAAGGCAAGACAGGAUAAGAAGAGGUUAAGAAAAGUGCUGAAGGAAUUUGAAGAUGAUUUUUUUCACCAAAGUGGCAGGAAAGCCCAGAAGGAAGACCGUGAACCAUUCUUUCAAGAAUAUUUUGAAUACAAACAAAUCAAAGCAAGGUUACGUCUUCUUGAAGCUCUCCUGUCCAAGUACACACCAUCCUCAGCAGUGUAGCGGUCAGCUGACAGGCUGCAUCUUAUGGAAGCUCUCUUUGUCCAAGUAUACCCCCCUCGUCUACAGUGUAGCGGUCACCUGACAGGCUACGUCUUAUGGAAGCUCUCUGUCCAACUAUACCUUCUUGUCAGCAGUUUAGCUGUCAGUUGACAGGCUACGUCUU